GAGAAACAAACACACUGAAUCAUCAAAUCAGUCCAUCAGGUGUCAUACUGGACAUUCCCCAAAAUUUACAGUAGAUCAAUAAAAGGAUUUAGCAGACAAAUACUAGUGAUUAUCAUUUGGCUUCCAGGUUUUACAGUGAAGCCUUGUAAAACUAUUAAAAUCAUUCUCAAUUUCUCAGAAUUAAUUCCUGCUUAAUAAUAUCCUUAAUCCCUUAUUAUUUAUGGAACCCAUCUAGACUGACGGUGAGCCAUAAAUAGGGGCCAAUACCAGAAAAUCCAGAGGACAUUUACCAGAUUUGCUUCUUCUGGCCUGGAGAGGUCAUGUCUGCUCUCAGACUCUGCACAUUUUACCAGCUUUCAGUAAUCUCUGUAUCUCACUUAAAGCCUUUCCUGUCAUCACCCACAGCCUUUCGUGUAUUAGGAGGCUAAUUUUUCAGUGUUUAGGGUUUGCCUUUUUAGGUUACUGGCUUCUUGUUCCAUCCUUCUCUCACUUCAUUUUGCUGAUGACGGCAUUUUUUCUCCAACCCAGAAGAAACAGAACUCAAUGAGUGCCCUUAAUAUGUAAAUCUUGGAUUCCAAUAUGUAUUCUAUGCUUUCUUCUUAUAAUUAGAAAUUUCCCAAUUCAGUGCUUGCUUGCUGAAAUUCCCCAGAGUUGGAUUUUAAGAUUGGACAUAAAGCAAUUUCUACCGAUUGAAUCAAGGGAAUGCUUGUUAGUUUUCUGGGUGUCUGUUUAAAAGGACAGGCCUCCACCAACAACAGUAACACAUAAAACUAGUAAUGAGACAAUGAUAGGUUAUUGCUUGUUCCCCAUCAACCAACCUGUAGGAAAUUGACCCAACAUUGUUUUUGUGUACUAUUUUUCUCAAUUAAUACGUAAUUAAUCAGCUACUUAUCUGAGUUCAGUACCUAGCCAAUGAGGCAGGCAUCUUCAGUGUUCCUACUUUAGCUUCUUUAUUCAAGUCAAAAUCUUGAUUUUUUUAAUUCUUUUUUAAUAGGGACAAACUAACCCAAAAAAAGAAACGAAAAUAUUUUGCAGUGGAAGCCUUCAAAUACUCUCCUUUCAUUGGAACCAACAGAUCAUCAGAAGAAGAGGCUCUGCAGUCUAGGCAGGCAGCCUAAACUAAACCCUAUAUAAGGAUUCUUACUAAAUUGUUACAUUGCAUAGGGAGCUGUUGUGAGCCAUAAAGAGCCUUGGAGGUUGAAGCUACAUAAAAAUACUGGUUUUGAUGAAAUUGUGAACAUGGGUCUGUGACAGUUUUGAAGGCUUUUUUUUUUUUUUUUCCUUUCUGAGACAUUUUCUUGUGAAUUGACAAGUAGGAGAGAAAAUUAAGUUCUUUGCACUCUGCUUGAACAGAAGGCAGAAUCACUUGUCUGAAAAGCAACAUCUCUACGCCAAGAGACAGAAGGAAAAUGCAUUGUUAUAUAUAAUAUGUUUUAAAGAUUAGUUUAUUUUAGUUUCCUGCCAGGGUAAGAAUUUAAGUUUAAUUUCCUUUUUUCUCCCCUUUGUCUUUUUCCACAAAUCUUCAGCACUUGAGUAAUCUGUGCUUGUCUUUGGAAGUGUGUGUGACCCCAGAACCAACUCUCAUUUAGCAAUUCUCACAGUCACAGACACAAAAAGAAUAUAAUCAUCAUCAUCACUAAAGCUUCUAACUAAGAAACAUGAAGAGAAGAAUGUGCUGUUUUCUAAUGGUAACUCUGCAGAUAAUCACUUGGUAUUCUGUAGCAAGCUGGCAUUUUGUUUCACAUGAUAGCGUUCAUCAACAGGGCCAAAUCCCACAGUUCCCGCAAGCUGCUUUUGGCCCAGAUCAGGGGCUUAAAAGCAAGCAAGGAGGAGCUUAUAGAAGUGAACAAACAUACAGAGGGCUAAGCAGACUUGGGUCAAGGCCACCCAGCUGUGAGCACAAGUGUGAAGGCUGCAUCCCUUGUAGUGCCAUACAAAUACCUGCAACUAAUGACCGCAAAAGACUGGAAUAUGCUAAUUAUGAGCCUGAAGGAUGGAAAUGCAAGUGUGGCUCUACUUUCUUUAACCCAUAACUAAUAGGAGCUAUGAAGCUCUUUACAUUUGUACAUGUCUGCUAGUUCACCUCUUUCUUCUUGUUCUUGAAAUUUUUGUGAGGUAUAAUAGGAAGAAAUUUUGGUAGCCUUAAAAAUGUCUGACAAUGCUUAAUCAUGUUCAUUUUAGCUAAAGCUUGAUCUGGGUGAUUGGUUAAAUUAGGUGGCGACUUGAAAGGAGCUCCUAAUUAAGAAAGCCAUCGAGUAUAAUACACGACAAAAUAGAAAACAUGUGGG